AUGCCGAGCGUGCUAGUUGUUGGAUGCGGUGUGUUUGGGCUGUCCGCCGCAAGGGAGCUGGCCUUGAAGGGCUAUUCUGUGCGGGCAAUUGACGUCUAUGAGCCGCCGUCGCCGUGGUCUGCUGCCAAUGACUUUAACAAAAUCAUUAGGGCAGAGUACACCGACAUGAUCUACUCCAAGAUGGCCGUGGAAGCAAUCGGCUUGUGGAAGACCGACCCAGAUUUGCAGGGACUAUACAACGAGUGCGGCCGUGUGCUGGUCACUCCCAAGGAGCACGCCGGGCGGAAGAAGUUUGAGGAGCAGGGUAUCCAGAACCUGCGUGCUUUGGGCGAGGGACAGAGGGUGGAGUACCUCAGAGGAAGCCGGUCUUUGGCCGAAAAACACCCGCAAUUCCUGCACAACCGGCUGGGCGACGAGCAGGAGUUCAAGUUCAACCCGGAGUCUGGGCUUGGUCACGCCAGCAACUCGCUCAAGGCCCUGUAUUGCCGGUGUCGGGAGCUCGGCGUGGAGUUCACGUUUGGAGCGGAGGGGUACUUUGCGGGGCUACAAGAGCACUACGGCCAGACAUACGUGAAAACAGCUGCCGGAACGCUGUACACGGCCGACCAGAUCUUGAUCUGCUGCGGCGCCAACACCGGCACGGCUGUCGACCUAAACGGGCAGCAAUCGGCCACGAGUCUGUACGUGGCGCACAUCCAGCUGACGACCGAGGAGUAUGCGAAAUACAGGGACAUUCCGAUCAUUUUCGACUCCGACAUGGGCUACUUCUUUCCUCCGGACCCAGAAACGCGGAUCAUCAAGGUGGCGCUGCCGGGAGCCGGGGCGUCGCACCUGGUGGCGAGUCCGCACGAGAAGGACAAGAAACUGUCUCUCCCGCGGUACAAGAACGAAAACCCGAGAGACACGAUGCCGAAACACUGCUACGGCGAGCUCAAGGCGCUGCUCAACAAGUACUGUCCGGAGCUGGCGUACCACGAACCGUUCAACGCCAAGGCGUGCUGGGUGGGGGACACGGGGGACUCGCACUUCAUCAUUGACCGUGUCCCAGGCCACGAGAACGCGUAUGUUGCCACAGGCGACUCUGGCCACGGGUACAAGUUUUUGCCGAACAUCGGCAAGUAUAUUGUUGCGCGGCUGGAGAACACGCUGGACCCAGAGUACGCGGAGUGCUGGAAAUGGCGGGCCGGGUCGUCGUUCGACCCGCUCGCGAUGGACUGGCGUGUCGCGAGAGAGUUUCCGGACUUUGGAGAUAUUGACUGGUGGGUGGAGCCCCAGAUGAAGCUAUAG